GUCUGGAAAUAAAGCAGGGCAAGUCUGGGCCCCUGAAGGAUCCACUGCUUUCAAAUGUCUGCUCUCAGCAAGGUUGUGCGCAGCUCUUCUGAGUAACAUCUCUGACUGCGAUGAAACAUUCAACUACUGGGAACCAACGCACUACCUCAUCUACGGGAAGGGGUUUCAGACGUGGGAGUAUUCCCCAGUGUAUGCCAUUCGCUCGUAUGCUUAUCUGUUGCUGCAUGCCUGGCCAGCUGCAUUUCAUGCACGGAUUCUGCAGACUAAUAAGAUUCUUGUCUUCUACUUUCUGAGAUGUCUCCUGGCUUUUGUGAGCUGUAUUUGUGAACUUUACUUUUAUAAGGCUGUGUGCAAGAAAUUCGGGCUGCAUGUGAGUCGAAUGAUGCUGGCCUUCUUGGUGCUCAGCACUGGCAUGUUUUGCUCAUCGUCUGCAUUCCUUCCUAGCAGCUUCUGCAUGUACACUACAUUGAUCGCCAUGACUGGAUGGUAUAUGGACAAGACCCCCAUUGCUGUGCUGGGAGUAGCAGCUGGGGCUAUCUUAGGGUGGCCAUUCAGUGCAGCCCUUGGUUUACCCAUCGCCUUUGACUCACUGGCCAUGAAACACAGAUGGAAGAGUUUCUUUCAUUGGUCACUGGUGGCCCUAAUUCUCUUCCUGGUGCCCGUGGUGGUCAUUGACAGCUACUAUUACGGGAAGUUGGUGAUUGCGCCUCUCAACAUUGUUCUGUAUAAUGUCUUCACUUCUCAUGGGCCUGAUCUUUAUGGUACUGAACCAUGGUAUUUCUACUUAAUCAAUGGAUUUCUGAAUUUCAAUGUUGCCUUUGCUUUGGCUCUUCUGGUCUUGCCACUGACUUUUCUCAUGGAGUACCUGCUGCAGAGAUUCCAUGUUCAGAAUUUAGGACAUCCAUAUUGGCUUACCUUGGCACCAAUGUAUAUUUGGUUUAUAAUUUUCUUCAUCCAACCUCACAAAGAGGAACGGUUUCUUUUCCCAGUAUAUCCACUUAUAUGUCUCUGUGGCGCUGUUGCUCUUUCUGCACUUCAGAAAUGUUAUCACUUUGUAUUUCAACGAUAUCGCCUGGAGCAUUACACUGUGACAUCCAGCUGGCUGGCAUUAGGAACAGUCUUCCUGUUUGGGCUCUUGUCAUUCUCUCGCUCUGUGGCUCUGUUCAGAGGAUAUCAUGGGCCCCUUGAUUUGUAUCCAGAAUUUUACCGAAUUGCCACAGACCCAACCAUCCACACUGUCCCAGAAGGCAGGCCUGUGAAUGUUUGUGUGGGAAAAGAAUGGUAUCGAUUCCCCAGUAGCUUCCUUCUGCCUGAUAACUGGCAACUUCAAUUCAUUCCAUCAGAGUUCAGAGGUCAGCUACCAAAGCCUUUUGCAGAGGGACCACUUGCCACUCGGAUUGUUCCUGCUCACAUGAAUGACCAGAACCAAGAGGAGCCUUCCAGAUAUAUUGACAUCAGUAAAUGCCAUUACUUAGUGGAUUUGGAUACCAUGAGAGAAACACCUCGGGAGCCAAACUAUUCAUCCAACAGAGAAGAAUGGAUCAGCCUGGCCCACAGACCAUUCCUGGAUGCAUCAAGGUCUUCAAAGCUGCUUCGGGCAUUCUAUGUCCCCUUCCUGUCGGAUCAGUAUACGGUAUAUGUGAACUACACCAUCCUGAAGCCCCGGAAAGCAAAGCAAAGCAGGAAGAAAAGUGGAGAGUGGAGGAGAGCAGAAUCUGCUUACAGGAAGAGCUGAGAGCCCUUGACUGGGGGUGUGUGUUAGCCACUCUCCACACUUUGGCCUGGCAUCCAGGAACUAGCAAGCCAACCUUAGACCACAUGGUUUCUCCACCAAAGCUGUUUGGCAGCUCCUAGCAGACCUUGUUCAAGUCCAAGUGUUGAAAAGCGCAGCCUCAUUGCCAACCGACAUGUCCUUUUACCUCCAGCAGGACUCGGCUUGUAAAAGCAUUCGAAGGACUAUGACCCUGGCCUUGAAGCUCAGGAAAAAGUCGACCACUGAAGAACUGUGACCUAAUCUUAUUAUUUAUGAUGCCUCUAAUUUUCAUUUUAUUUUAUUUAAAACUAGUUUAAAUAUAUGGCUAUUUGGGAAGGGUUUUAAGAUUUUAAAAGUUUCAGCAUGAUAUAUCUUAAAUUCUAGGCUCUGUACAAAGAUAACUGUAUUGGGCAUCUUUGGAGAAAAGUUUAUCAAUAGAUUUGGUGACAUCACAUUUUAAAGUAGUCUGAGGCCAAUUUGGGGAACUGAGAAUUCCUUUGUGUAAAAUGACAGCCCCAAUGAAAUGAAAACGACAGUGUGUGUAUGUAGCACCCAUACUUAAGCUCUUCUGCAGGGUGACCUUGGGUGGGCGCAUCUAAUAGCAUCAGCAGUGGUAAGCACUACUAACAGGUAGUAAGCCUGCCGUUACUCCCUCUCCCUUACAAUACCACACAACAUGUAAGACGUUUUUUCAGUGUCUCAUGUGAUCCUUGCCACCACUGUGAGGACCCAUUUCACAGAAGAGGAAGCAGAUGAGUGUGGAGAGAAGCGGCUUUUGCAGGGUCACAUAUGUGGGCAGUAAGUCAUAGGCCUGGGAGUAGAAUCCAGGCUCUCUGACUUCUGCUUUCGAGACUGUCUGUGCCUCUCCACUUGUCUAUGAAGCACUACUUGACAGGAGGAUUAGGCUGACCAUAUACAGAUUAGUUCUGUCCAUUUCUAUUUUCGGGAAGAUUUUUAGGUACAGUUCUUUGAGUUCUUUGGAGCCUGUGGGUGAUCCCUCCUUAGCAGUUCUGGGUGGUCUUGCCAGGCCUUGGUAGGAAAGUCCUUGCUUUGUAAUCCACAGGGUUUUGUGUAUACAGUAUUCCUUUUGUCCCAUGGGCCAUGUUACAGGUGCCUUAUUUGCUUAAGGGUGACAGGUUCUAGUAGUGUAGAGGGUAGAUCUGAUUUUCACUGUUUCCAUUUUUUUCCUUGUUUUCUUUUUAAGGAAAAUAACUUUCUAAUGUGAAUUAGUCCCAAUACAAAGAAUUAGAAGGACAGAAAAAUAAGUAGGUGAAUGAAAAUAUUUACUCUAAAAGAAUAUCUGAUUGGAGUUGAGUGAAGCAGAGGUGAGGUAGCAAGUCCAGACAGAAUGACAACUGGACAGGAAAGAGGCUGCAGCCCUACUGUGUGACUAGUCCCGGAAUUGAAUAGAUAAGUCUGAUCACUGUCUUCCAAGGCUAAUAGUGAGAAUGUGAUCUGAAGAACAGAACUGUAGUGAAGGAUAUUUUAGAAGCCAAGGCACUGCAGGAUGCACACAAGAGUUGAUAAUGGAGUUCACUGAAGAGUGGCUCUUUUCCAAUCAAAGUACAGAACUAGGGGUAUGGCUGAGUGGUAGAGCACAUGUCCACUGUGCUUAAGGCACUGGGUUCAAUUCGUAAUACAUGCAGGCCCCCCCCCCCAAUGGCACAGUAUUGAGCCAUUUGAUCAUCUUACAUGUCUGAAACAAAUGUAAAGCUCCUCCAAAGGUGCCUGACAUGAGCCUUGGCCUCCACAUAUGCAUGUGCUUGCACUCAUACAUGCACACACAGUUGUCUGAGUAAGAACUGACUUAUAAAGUAGCACAAAAAGGCCAGAUGGGUAUAGAGAUCUCUUAGGAAUGUCAGUUUCUGUCCAUUUGAAAGCCUCACUCUGCUUUUCUCCAUUCUGUUUUCUGGUGAGAGCACAAUACAUCUUGGACACUGUGCCAAGUACCUCUUAGCAACAUAGGUUAGCUGCCCCUGGGAAAAAGAAAGGCACCUGAUUGGCCAGUCUCACAUCUUCACCAAAGACUUUGCAUACACCACUGCUCGGUCCCUAGACUAAGGUACCUACUUGUAGAUUGUUGCUGCAAGGAAUGAGCUCCACACAAGAUUCACAAUCUCCUGUGUGGGCGGAACAAGGUAGUGGGUAGACUUGGCAAACCCAGACUUCUCUGAUCUCUAGCCCUAAAGGAGCCUUAUCUGAACCUAAAUCUGUAACACUGAGUACCAUUAUUGUGUGAUAGUUAACAAAAUCUGCCUCUUGCCUCUUUUAUCAUUCGAUAAAAAGACAAGUUAUCUUAAUCAUUUUGGGUAAGUGUAGAAAACUGCCGCCUGUACUCCUUAUUACUAAGUUCAGGCUUGCAGCAGGCAUGGUUUUAAAUGAAGGUGGUUAUUGAUCCCAGUCUUUACUUUCAGUCACUGUUUCCUGGUCUGGAGUUCUGGGAAAGACCUUACCUUUUAGGUAAGGAUUCCAAAUACCCAUUUCCCCAGUGGGAAUCCUGUGGGGAUUUGUGUGCUGUGCUUCCUGGGACAGAGUGAAUGAGGGUCACCAUGACUGUAUAGCUGUCCAGCUAACACCAGACAUCUAGGCUUUUCAUGUAGUUAGUUUUGUUUUCUUUAAAGAGGAAUAGAGGCAAUUAAAUCCCUGCCUUUACAAAUGCCAGAAAGCUUACAUGGGAGUCUACUUUUAGGCUUCCACAUUAAAUUCCUCAGGUAAAUGGAUGAUGUGAGCAUGUGUUCAGCUGUAAUGGUUUUGUAAUAGGAAGAUGAAGGCAUUGAUUGGGUUUCAGGGGCCCACUGGAGUAUCCAUAAAUCUGAAUGUUCCUUUAAAUUUCCCAGUCUCUGUAACCAUGGGAUUCUUGAUGCAGAUGAAACUAGGAAGUAGUACAGUGCUGAAACCAGUGUCAUCCAGUCCAUUGUCUUCCUGAUUUUUGCUCUUUCAUGUGUCAGUGUUUAUAUUACAUUCCUAUGUAUUCCUGUGAAGGAGAAAGUUAAUAAAUUUUGAUGGUUUGCUAUUC